AUGUCUCGAUUAGUUCCAUAUUUGGUGACACCGGAACCCAAGCGGAUAGCUCGUUUCAUUGGGGGUUUAGCCCCAGAGAUCAAGGCUAGUCUGAAGGCCUCUCGGCCAGCUAAUUUUAGGUCUGCAGCUGAUAUAUCAUUAUCCCUUACUCGGGACGCGGUCAGACAGAGAUCGCUUAGAAACUCUGAUGUUGAGAAGAGGAAGCGUGAGGAUGAUAACUCGCAUCGUUCAGACAAGAAACACAAGGGGAACUCUAACCGCAAGAAGAGUUCCGGGUUUAAAAGGGAGGAUCAACAGUCGGGUGAUAAGCCCAAGUGUAAAAUCUGUAAGAAGCGCCAUUUGGGGAGGUGCAGAUAUGAAUCAAAAUCCCAAUCACAGCCCAAGGCUUGUGGGAUUUGUAAGUCAAGUGAGCACAAGACGUUAGACUGCAAGAAGAUAAAGGAUACGACGUGCUACAACUGCAACGAGAAAGGGCACAUCAAGUCUAACUGCCCAAAAUAUGCAAAGAAGGCUGAAGAUGGGAAAAAGACCAAUGCUAGGGCCGUAGAUCUGGUUUCAAUGGUUUCUGGAAUACACUGGACUUGCAAUUAUGCAUUUAUUUUGAAUAUUAUUGUUACUGCAUUUAAGUGCAAACUGGUUUUGAAGAUGAUUGAGAAUUAA